AUGGCCACCAUUCAGCAGCUCGUAGGAAGAUGGCUAUUGAUAAGCAGCAAUGGCUUCGACGAAUACAUGAAGGAGCGAGGUGUUGGAAUGGCUCUGCGGAAAAUGGGUGCGAUGGCCAAACCAGAUUGUGUCAUCAGUGGUGAUGGCAAUCACAUCACUGUCAAAACUGAGAGCACUUUGAAAACAACACAGUUUUCAUGGGGAGAAAAGUUUGAAGAAACUACAGCUGAUGGCAGAAAAACUCAAACCGUCUGCAACUUUACAGAUGGUGCAUUGGUUCAACAUCAGGAAUGGGAUGGGAAGGAAAGUACAAUAACAAGAAAACUUGAAGAUGGGAAAUUAAUGGUGGAAUGCGUCAUGAACAAUGUCACCUGUACCCGGGUCCAUGAAAAAGUAGAAUAAAAGAUUCUAU